GGUAUUAUUUGAAGUGGGGAACCAUCUUCUUAAUCUUUCAUUUCAACGGAAACCCAGCUGUUUUCUUCCAUUUAUAAGAAACUAUCCAGAUUAUGACUGAAAAUACACUUUACUGCGUUAUUUAAGCAAUUCAACUGUAGUAUGAAGAUUCAGUCAUUACCACUGAAGAAGAAAUAAGUAAGAUAAAAAAGAAAAGUUCAUGGAUGACAGUUCAGAUGAAGAUAUCGAACUCCUGAAUGCCACGGAAGGCUAUCUAAAAGAGGACGACAAAAAUACCAACCCAUUAUAUUUGCUUCAAAGAUCUGAUUCCUCUCAAAAUUCCAUAAGCUCUGGUUCACUGCAUGCUUUGCAAACUGCAUGUGGAGCGUUGCAGAAAAAGCUAAAAGAACGUGAUAAGAAAAUUUAUGAACUUACACAGAAAAUGAACACUCAGGAAUACAAAAGAGGUGUUAACGUGAUGGAAGAGUGUUACAAUGAGGAACCUCUAUCAGCUGCUGGGGCAACAAGUGGGGAUGAAACUUCGUUAGCAGUUAGAGGUGCAAAUGAAGGUUUGAUCAGACAUCUGCAAAGAGAAGUACUUAUGCGUGACAAUGCAUUGCAGAAACAUAAUGAGGAAAAUUAUAGAUUAAGGUAUGAGAAAGAAGAAAUGGAAAAACGUUUUCUUUUAGAAAAGGACCGAUUGGAGGGUGUCAUGCAAGAAUUGGAUAAGCAGUGUGGUGGUCAAGAUGCUGAGAUUGCUCAUUUUAAAAACAUCUUGCAAAGUAUGGAACAAGAAAACUGUGACUUAAAGGAAAAAUUGCUAGUGCUGCAGCGAAAUUCUCAGCUGUCGACAGUUAGCCAGUCACAGGUGCAAGAGUUGAGAAAUAAAUGCAGCAUGUUAGAAAAUGAAAAGCGGAAUCUGUUAACAGACUUUGAAUCAUUAAGAACUGAGAAACUAGCACUUGAAGCUAAAUGUAAGCAACUUGAAAUUGAGGCAAAAAUUAAUUGGAACAAUCAUCAAGCAAGGAAACAAAGUGAAGAAACAGACGAUGUUGAUGGAGAUAUCAGUAUUCUACAGCAGGCUCUACAGCUGGUACAUACGCAACGCGAAGAACAGGCUAACUUGAAGAAGAAGGUUCAAGACCAGAAUGCAAUUAUCAAGCAAAUCACCUCAUCAUAUAAAGUACCAAACCGACCAUACUGCUCAGAUCCGCAGUUUGCUGCACAUAACCCAUUUCCGGAAAACUCCUACUCCUAUAAUCGGUUACCACCGCCAUCUGGGUACGGCUCCGGCCAAUCACAUUCAGAGGCAGUGUUGAGGCGACAGUCAACUAAUACCAGUGACUUCUCAAGGGCUAAAACCAAUCCAGUGGCAAGAGUUGCUGGUGUCAGUGGGACUGUAGUGUCAAGCAACGCUCAUGUUCCUCAAAUGUUUGCCAUGGAAACGAGUCAGCCAAAACUUUCUGCCAACAUGGUGGAUUCUAUAGUUUCUCCAAGAAGUCCAGCGCCUUGCAGGCCUAAAACAAACAAUGCGCCUUUAUCACCAACAAUGAAACACAAUGGAACAUACUACAAAGUUGAAGUGGUUGAGAAUGCAUCAAACCAGAAUGGACAGACACUGAAUAAAUUUGGAGGCCAAGCUAGCAGUUCUAGCGCUGUGGUAGCAUCAGUGCAUCCAUUACAAGCAUCUAACCAAGUAAAUAACCUUGAUCAAAUGAGGCGCAGCAGUUCUCAAGAACGCAGGUCACAAUAUUCUCCUGUGGGCGUUGAGUUGAAUCAGCGCCUAAGUACCACCAAUGGCUAUUUUAAUGCAGCUUCAAAUAAUUUAAACCCAAGUACUGGAAAUGAUUAUGAGAAUGUUUACAAUGUCAAGGCACAACGUGAGGUCAAGAGACAGAUAGAGGAACACGAGGAGCCUCGUUUUGUCACGUGUAAUACUGAAGACAGUGCUCAAAGCAAUGCUGUGGCGGAGGUAAAAAUAUGCCCAUCGUGUAACCAAGAGUUUUCUCGCUUGACCAUGGCAGACUUUCAAGUUCACGUUUUUGACUGUUUUGACCAGCAAGAUGAGUCCCCAGCAACGCUACAAGCCAUGGGUAACGAUGAUGACAGGACGUGUCCCAUGUGUAACGAUACGUUUCCCAGUUCCAUAUCCCAGGAGCAAUAUGAGCAGCAUGUGCUCGCACAUUUUGGGGAGGACCCACAUAUAGACAACUUUGAAAUCGUCCAUUAAGAGAUGGUUUACAGUUACACUUAAUGAAUUUACUUCCCUUAGAGAUAAAUGUCUUGUAAUAGUUAUAGAUGUAUGUUUAGUUACAGCACACUGUGAUUUCUGUGGGUAAGAUAAAUUAAUUGUUGUCAUGGAUUUGUUCAGAUUUGCUUGGCUUUAGAUUUUUGGAGUGUUAUUGCAAAAUUAUUUUAAUUAUAUCAAUACUUGAACAUCAAAGAAUUUCUAGCUGAUUACAUAUUGUACUGCUUUUUUUUCUCAAAAUAUUCCUGAUUUGGAGUUCCUGUUCAAGAACUUAAUUUAUUCUCAUUGUAGACUUAGUAUAUAGUACUAUACUCGAAUCAUUUGAUCCAAGAUCUUCUGUUGAGAUUGAUCCUAUGAGAAAUUGUACAGUGUUUUUUUUCACCAAAAUGUGUGCAGACGCCGUUGCCUGGUUAGUUUAAAAAUUAUUGUUUCCUUAAAAUCAUGAACAUUUAAUUCAGUUGUUAAAUAUGUAAACAUAAAUUAUCAACAAGCACAUAUUGUCUUCAAACCAUAUGUAGUCAGGUAUACCGGUAAAUAUAUAAUAAAACAAUAAAUUAAUAUAAAUUAUUCUUUUCCAAUCGUUAUUUUUUUUUGUACUGUGCUUAUUGGUGUUUUUAUGACUUCUUUUAUUAAUCCGUUUUCAUUCAAUAAAUAUUAGUUUUCCCCUGGAACAUAAAUCAAUAGUAUUUGAUUUUUCCAAUAUGUUUCAUUCUUUUUUAUUUAAAGCAAUACAUGUACUACACGGUAUAUGAUUUGUCCAAUAAGUUUCAUUUUAUUAGCGAGGCUGUUUUCGGAGAAAACCGGAGGUAUUGUUAUAGCCUGCUCCUUGUCCGACGGCGUCAUGCUAAAACCUUUACAUUGGCUCUAAAAUCUAAGUGCUGUCACCUACAACUUUGAAACUUCAUAUGUGGAUGCACCUUGAUGAGUUCUACACGCCACACCCAUUUUGGGUCACUAGGUCAAAGGUCACUGUGACCUCUAAUAAAAAAAAUAAUUCUGACAAGCUUUCGCAGCCGAGCGUGGCACCGGUUAUGCGGUUUACUUGUUUUGUAUAUAAUAUUAAAACAUAUUGUAACCAAUCCAUGACAGAUAAAAGAAUUUAAAGUUCCUUCUGUGCAAGAAAAAAUGUCAUUUCAAUGCUAGGGGUCUCUUUUUUUCAUUUAGAUAAUAUUUUUGUCACACAUGUUUUUUAUUUGUUAAUUGUUAUCUAAGAUUAAUCGUACCAUGCUUUUGCCAAUAUAACAGGAGUCUGUGCUUAAUAUUCCAGGAAGAAAAUAAUUAUUAAAAAUAAAUGAUGUUCAAAUUUUUUUAUGCCCCCCUUCGAAGAAGAGGGGGUAUAUUGUUUUGCACAUGUCGGUCGGUCGGUCCAUCCGUCCGUCUGUCCGUCCACCAGAUUGUUUCCGGAUGAUAACUCAAGAACGCUUAGGCCUAGGAUCAUGAAACUUCAUAGGUACAUUGAUCAUGACUAGCAGAUGACCUCUAUUGAUUUUCAGGUCACUAGGUCAAAGGUCAAGGUCACAGUGACUCGAAAUAGUAAAAUGGUUUCCGGAUGAUUACUCAAGAAUGCUUAGGCCUAGGAUCAUGAAACUUCAUAGGUACAUUGAUCAUGAAUGGCAAAUGGCCCUAUUGAUUUUCAGGUCACUAGGACAAAGGUCAAGGUCACAGUGACUCGAAAUAGUAAAAUGGUUUCUGGAAGAUAACUCAAGAAUGCUUACACCUAUGAUCAUGAAACUUCAUAGGAACAUUGAUCAUGACUGGCAGCUGACCCCUAUUGAUUUUCAGGUCACUAGGUCAAAGUCACAGUGACUCGAAACAGUAAAAUGGUUUCCGGAUGAUAACUCAAGAAUGCUUACACCUAGGAUCAUGAAACUUCAUAGGUACAUUGAUCAUGACUGGCAGAUGAUUCCUAUUGAUUUUCAGGUCACUAGGUCAAAGGUCAAGGUCUCAGUGACUCGAAAUAGUAAAAUGGUUUCCGGAUGAUAACUCAAGAAUGCUUACGCCUAGGAUCAUGAAACUUCAUAGGUACAUAGAUCAUGACUGGCAGAUGACCCCUAUUGACUUUCAGGUCACUAGGUCAAAGGUCAAGGUCACAGUGACAAAAAACGUAUUCAUACAAUGGUUGCCACUACAACUGACAGCCCAUAUGGGGGGCAUGCAUGUUUUACAAACAGCCCUUGUCUUUGGUGGAAACACAAGCCUUAAAAGAGUUUAAAGAGUUUUUUUUUCAGAAUCAGGAUUUUGCCUCAAUUAAAUGGGCCGUGCUCUGUGAAAAGGGGUUUUAUGCGUGUCCCAGAUUUGCCUGUGGCACACAGGCUAAUCAGCGACGACACUUUCGGCUUUUAUUGUAUUUUUCGUUUACAGAGUCUCUUCUUCGCAAAAAUCCAGUUUUGGCAGAAAGUAUCGUCCCUGAUUCGCCUGUGCAGACUUCGCAGGCUAAUCUGGGACGACAUGUUAUCCACAUGCAUUAAACCACCUUUUCACAGAGCAUGGCUCAAAUGUUUAUACCUACAAAGAACCCUGCUCUUAAGUCAAUUGUAUAGCCAAGUUCACUGUACACUCGGUAUCCUGACCUGUUUAUAAUAUCAGGUGUCUAUUUAGACUUACCAGGUAUAAAUAUUCCAUGGUAUCAAUACAAUGAGUAACUUUCUUAAUAGAUUCUUGCAAGAUAGUCUUUCAGAUUUGUAGCUUUUAGAAUUUAUAUUGUACAAUUUUCUUGAUUAGCUUUAGCAUGUUAUACAAGUUAAAGACAAGGACAGUCUGGGCUUGUUUGUGGAUUUCUUUUUACAUAUUUUGGACAAAAUUAUUAUUUAUAUCAUAGCUGCUUUUGUUUGUGGCUUUCUUUAAACAAAGCAUAUAGAUUGUAGUGUUCAGUGCAACACAAAUUAUUUUGUGUUAGCUGUAAUUUUACCACAAAGUAUACAUUUUUUUCACGCAAAAUACGUGUUACAAAUUUUCAAUGUAGACUUUACAUUAUUUAUCUCCGAGCAAUAGUUAAAGAUGAUAUACAUACCUUCAAACGCACAAUGCAAUUAAAAAUUCAAGAUCUUUGAUUGGUUGCGAAUAUUUUAGAAUAGAGUUUCAAGACUAAAAGGAAUUUUUUUUAGAAAUCAGACCAUAGGGCAAUAUAAAUUGAUGUGUGGAUGUCAUUUUAAAAUACUAGAUCAUUUCUUGACACUUAUUACAAUUGUGUGUAAAAUUUUGGUUUCAAAUGCAGUUCAGUUACUUUCGCAAGUAAAUUAAUCAACUAGAUGUACUCCUUUGUUGUGUUUGUAACGUAUAAUUAUACAUGUACUUGUUGUGCAUAAAUAUGAUAACUGAUACCAUUUUCUGCAUUUGGAAAUGUAUGUUGAUUUCCAACUCAUUUUACAUUUAAAGGCAGUCUUUGUGUUAAUUUUUAUUUGAUUUUAAAAUGUGAAAAGUGAUAAUAAAAACCUUAAACAAGA